GAGCAGCGACCGAAGCGUGGUGACGAAGACUACAUCAAACCGUUCGAGAACACAUUCAUUCUUUUCCGCUGCAAACGCUGUUUAAAAAGGAACGAGGCAGAGGCUGCAGCAGCUGCAGAAAGCGAUUCCGUCGCGCGAUGUCAGCAUCAAGCCGACCUAUCCAAAACAAUCUCACAACAAUGG